GAUACGUUCAGGAGAGAGCGUAGUCUGACGUAUCAAUCAGCGAAGAGACACGCGGUCCGACGUGCCGAGGAGAAACGAGCCAAGCGGGAGGAGGAUUCAGCUGAUGCUGUGGAAAAGGGAGGAAGAACUACUAGCAUGGACCCUGCAACAGUAAAGGUGACACUGAUCGAUCUCAACCCGUUCAAACCCAUAUGGAGCGUUCUCACUCGAAAGAACAACCUCUGCAUCCUCUUCCCCUCAGCAUUACUCUUUGCCUUCCAAUACAGUGUGUGCUUUACUGCUGCCAGGACUUUUGCCGCUGCCCCGUACAACUAUGAUCCCCUCCACAUCGGCUUGGUUCUGCUCUCGUUCGGUUUAGGUAACCACUCUUUUUUCCUCUUCAUUCAACUCUCCUCAAUACCGUCUCCCCUAGGUAACAUGUUCGGCAGCGUAUUGGGCGGCAGAUGGUCCGACUGGAAAUACAACAAACUCCGAGUGGCGAAUGGAGGGCAUGGAUGGCCAGAGAUGAGGCUCAGAAGUACUAUAGCAGUGAUGAUUGUACUACCACCAUCUGUCCUUGCGUUUGCCUGGACCUGUCAGAAGCACACUCAUAUUGCGGGACCAGUCGUGACACUCUUUGUCUCCGGCUUUACUGUCCUCACACUCGCCUACAUUGUUGAUGCUAACGCAGGUCGAUCCACUGCGGCCGUAGCUAGCAAUAGCUCUUUCCGCGGUCUUUCGGGGAUGAUUGCUUCGGAAAUUGCAGCGCCAUUGCAGGAUAGCAUCGGGGACGGUGGGCUGUACACUAUGUGGGCCGGCUUAUUGGUGGUUAUGGAGUUGAUGAUCCUUGUCGUCAUUUGGAAAGGGAAAAGUUGGAGAGAAGAGGCAGAAAAAAAAGAGCGUGUAGCCGCAGCGCGUAGAAGCUCUGCUGAGGAAUCGAACGAAACCCGGUAG